GUUAUUGUCGAUUUAUUUCAAUUUAAAAAUGAAGGAAAGGCAGACAUAACUUAUGUUAUUAUACGAUUGAAGUUAAUACAAAAGGAAAAAUUGUUAACCACAGAUGAGAGAACUUCUAGAUCGUGUGCAAAUAGAUUAUGCUUUAUUCACUACAGAUGGUGAAAUGAAAAUCAUACUCGAGUAUGCCGAAGAUGGAAGAAAAUUUACUAUUAUUUAUAUAGGUUUUUUUCUGGUGUCAAUGCUUAUUUUUAUAAUUCCACCAUUGAGAGCUAUUAGUAUGAGUAGCAUAAACGGUACGAUAGAACGACCAUUUGUUCAUCACGUUGAAUAUUUUGUUGACUCUCAAACAUUUUAUUAUCCUAUUAUAUUACACUCUUGCGUAACUAUCUUUAUCUGUGUUUACGUAAUCGUUACCGUCGACACAAUGUUUGUGCUAUUGGUGCAACAUGCUUGUGCAUUGUUUAAAGCGUUAGGAUAUCGACUACACUAUAUAACCGAAAAUGGUGACGAUAUUAUGGUGAUAGAUUUGAAUCCUUCAAAAUCAAAUGAUAAAUCUUAUCGGAAUAUUUCCGAAUGCGUUCGUAGACAUCGAGAUGCAAUAGAGUUUGCCAAUCUUUUGGAAUCCUAUUACUCUACGUCCCUUUUUCUUCAAGCAGGAUUCAACAUGAUUGAACUAAGUAUCACAGUCUUUCAGGCUACGAUAAGUGUGAACGAAACUAAAGAGCUUUUUCAACAAGUGUCUGUUUGUUACUCGACAUUAACUCACAUCUUGUUCCAAUGUGUAAACGGUCAACGUGUUAUCGAUCACAGCGAUCAAAUGCACGAGCAUCUAAUAAAUAUGAAGUGGUAUCAUACAUCAUUACGCACAAGAAAAGUGAUUUAUCUCAUGCUAAUUAGAUCACGAGUAUAUUGUGUGCUAACUGCUGCAAAAAUGUUUAACAUGUCUAUGGAAACAUUCAGUACUAUUUGUGCUAUUUUUACUUCACUUGAUGAUAUAAAUGUUAUACUAGGGGACUUGGCACCAUUAUUUUCCGAUUUUUCUUCAGCAAUUAAAAUAAUUAAUAUUGCAGUUCAAACGGAAAAGAUGAAAACAAUUCUAAAUCGUAUAGAAACGGAUUAUAGUUUUUUCACUACAAAUAGUGAAAAGGAAAUUAUGUCGACAUAUGCCGAAAAUGGGAGAAAAUUUACUAUUUACUGUACAGCAAUUUUUUCUGCGGCAAUGCUACAUAUUAUGAUUGUACCACUAAAGGGAAUUUUUGGUACGGUGAAUGACACGAGUGAACGACCAAUGUUACAUCACAUUGAAUAUUUUGUAGAUAUUCAGAAAUAUUAUUAUUUGAUUAUUUUCCAAACUUACGUUGUUUACUUUAUCGUUUGUUUCUCGUUUGCUAUGGUGGACACAUUGUUUGUGAUGUUCGUGCAACAUAAUUGUGAAUUAUUUAAAACAUUAGGGUAUCGACUUUCUCAUUUAAUUGAUGAGAAAGUCUUAGAUGAUGAUGUCUUAAAUCCUUCGGAAUCAGAAGAUAAAUACUAUAAAGAUAUUUCCUUAUAUGCCCUGAGACAUCAGAAAGCAAUAGAGUUUGCUGAACUAUUGGAUUCAUUUUAUUCCAAAACCUUCUUUAUGGUAUCAGGACUUAGCAUGCUUCGAAUAAGUGUUACUGGUCUGAAGGCUGUAAUGAAUGUCAACAAUUUUAAACAAUUUAUUCAAGACGUUUAUUUGUUACACGUCUUUAAUUCAUGUCUACUUUGAAUAUAUGAACGGUCAACGACUUAUCAAUCAUAGUAGUGAAAUGCACGAACAUCU